GAGAGAGAGAGAGAGAGAUUACACUUUUUCCAGCCACACAGGGCUGAUUAAGCGUCCCACAUACCUCAAACCAUCAGUAGCACACACGUCAUGAAUACUCGAAAAUAUGCAUCCCAGAACGCAGACAAGUAUCAACUGCCAAAAAGGACUGCAGGCUGCUUGUGGAUGUAUGUCGGUCCAAAUCAGCGACAAGUUAAGGGCAGGACAUGGACGCAAAUCACAGGCCAAACAGAUUGUGCGUGCUGCGGGUAGGUCCAGCCAUUUGCUGUCAUUGUAAAGACUGCCCAGAUCCUUGCAAUAACAGCGCUUCUCGGUGAAACAAGCAAGGGGGGUACCCAAUGCCCCACAAUGCUUGCCGCCACCUGUAUUGCUAAGCUACUACACAGCAGCAUGUAGACCCGUACCGAACCAGCAAUGCAAGAUCACCAAACAGAUCCUAAGACCUGCACUUGCACUGUGGAUCAAGUACCCCCACAAGGAGCACAGCUGAGUGGUUUGCAAAGGCACACCUGGACUGGCAGGUGUUCAAGGAGCUGCAAUCAGGUGAAAACUGCAGGAGGUUAGACUGAGAUCUCCUCAAAAGCCCCAAUACAGCUUGUACGCGCUUUGUCCUAGGUUUGGACCAGGACCCUGAACAUCCUGCCUGGGUUUGGCAGGGCACACACAAGAACGCAACACCGCAAAACCUGCUUGUUCUGUAAAAGGUCUCAUGGCCAUUUCUAUUAUUGCGGUCGAUUCUUCGCGUCAGACAAUGAUGCAAACAGCCGUCGCAUCCUUCUUUUACUGGUAAUGGCGGCUGGCGGCUGUUGCCUCUUCCGCCCCAACCAAAGAUUGGCCGUCCUAGAUAUUCUUACUACUGCGUCAUUAAGAUCAAUUUAUUGUUAUGCUUCCCAGCCGCUAUCGCCUGGCCUCUGUCUGCUCCACUUUUGUAUACCCACAAUGUUGCUGUCAGGGCCGCCUCUGUUGAAGCGUCGCUUUAUGCCCGGCGAUUAUUUCGUCUAAUUACAUCCUUUUCAUUGAAACCUCUGUGAUGUUGCCUGGCUGCUGAAGCCCGACCCAGUUGAUCAGUGGUUUAUGGUGAUGCCGUUAACUGUAAAGGGCCGCCUCUAUCGAAGCACCUUGCCCAGCCAUUAUAUAUGUUGCCAUGAUUGUCGAGGAGCCGGAUCCCGAAGGACCCAGGCCCCACCCAAAGA